AUGUCACAGACAGAACAGCAAAAAGAUAGCACAGUCUCAGAUACCUCAGUGCACACAUGCAGCACAGCUGUCCUGCAAGCAGAUGGACACCAGCUGAUUCUAGAGGAGAUAUCAGACUGGGAUACUGUAGAACUUAAAAUGUAAAUGGAAAGAGUAAAUGGAGAGACUGUAUUUCACUGCAACAUCUUUGACCUGGAUUUUGGAGGUGAUAGCAAGUUGGAUCCACUUUGUGAAGAAGCUAGAAAAGCAGCGUUAAAUGCUUACUGAUUUACAGAAGGGAAAAAACCAUACACAAAUUUGAAGUAGGCCUUUUGGUUUGGUACCCAUUUCCCAACCACUACCUGUGAUGAGUUGCCAUGGCACUGGCAGGCAGCUGGGUAUUUGAAGGAGUAGCCACUUGGACAAAGAUAAUCACAGCUGUUUGAGAACAACUGAACAAGCAGACCUAGCCUGCAAGCCCUCUCUGCAGUGACUUUCAGCCAGACUACUGUGAUGAAGUCAAAUCAGGAGAAAGAAAACAGCAGCAGCACAUUAUUCCAGUAGUAACUCCAACUAAAUUGCUACGUGGCUUUUAGGGUUUGACUAAUUGUCUCAUUAAGACACAUUUCUGAUCACUGAAAUGGAUCUCAAGUAUUUUUAAUCACUGAAAAAACUGUAA